GAUGUACCGUUGAAAGAGAAACAAGACAGAGAGAAAAUCCAAUCCCAGUCACUCGAAAGUGAAAGAAUGAUUUUAUUCGUCUUCAUAUUGGUAGAGACUUGUUAGAACACGAUUCCCAGUCACUCGAAAGUGAAAGAAUGAUUUUAUUCGUCUUCAUAUUGGUAGAGACUUGUUAGAACACGAUAAGAGUCUAGAGAGAGAAAACAAAAAGUUCAAAAAAUUUUGUUUUCUCUCUCACAGGGAUAAUUAUUUGUCGGGUCGACGUUCGCCGGGAAACAAGAGAAACGAGACGUGAGCGACGCGUCAGCAGCAGCGGCUCGUCGUGGCGACGAGAGACAGAGGGAGGCUCGCCAUUGCGCCGCGUUCACCGGCUUGCCAGGCCCUAUGUGGCGUCACCACAGCGAGCAUGAGCUCCUCUCAAUCCAUUAUAAAUUCCACCUAAUCUCCGUUUUCUGCGAUCGAACUGAGUUGAAAGCAAGCUUGUUGAUUGUUUAUUGUUUAUUGUUUAUUGUUUAUUGGGUUUAGGUGAUUUUGUUGGGGUUGUUUCUUCUGAGGUUGUUAGAGAAAUAAUGACGACUCGUCAGGAGAGGAGAGAGCUGGACGAGAAGGCGAGGCAGGGGGAGACUGUGGUGCCUGGAGGGACCGGAGGGAAGAGCCUCGAGGCGCAGGAACACCUUGCUGAGGGGCGUAGCCGUGGAGGUCAGACCCGAAGGGAGCAGCUUGGGACGGAAGGGUAUCAGGAAAUGGGACGCAAGGGAGGCCUCAGCACUCUAAACCAGUCCGGUGGCGAGAGUGCCGAGCAGGAAGACAUCGGCAUCAACGAGUCGAAGUUCCGAACCACCAACACCAAGUAGAACAUGUCGUGUUUCCUCUUUGUUCCUUGCAUUUAUGGGUUUUGUAUGCAGCGUCUGGUUGGGUCUUUCUUCAUAGGGGGGUGGGGUUUGUGCUUCUCCUUCAAGUUGGAGUUGAUAAAGAGUGAUGUAGCUUUGCUACAUUCCGAUAUGUUCUGGUUCCUUGGGUUCUAGUGCUCCUUGGAGUACUGCUGAUUUAUUUGAAUAGAAAUGGUGUUGGUUC